UUUUUGUCAAUAUAUUUCUUACUAUUUAGUUACAUUUAGAGUGACACUAACCUAACCAUCUUAAUGCCCCUUUCCCUUGUUACAGUGGGUUGAAGGUGUGACCGCAGGGCGUCAUCACCACAGUGGAUUGGUGAUUUGCGGCUGCGUCCGCAUGGCAACCGCGAGCUGUGUACAAGUAAGAAGGUAGAAGGGACCUUUCUGUUGACGCUGACUGAUAUCCACACCGACAGCGCUUUCCUGUCCUCUUAUUCGUGGAUACUGAUACAUUUUGGAGACUGCAGACGGAUAGGAGCGACUUUAAUGCGGCGUGUUGUUGGCGCAGACUGACAGCCAGCUGUACGCUGCCACCAUAGACCUGUAAUCAUGACGGCAGACGAGACGAUCAGCAUCAAGGAGGCAGAGGUGAUCAAGGUGAUGCUGGACUUCCUGAACUCCAGGAAGCUGCACAUCAGCAUGCUGGCCUUGGAGAAGGAGAGCGGAGUCAUUAAUGGUCUCUACUCUGACGACAUGCUCUUCCUCAGGCAACUCAUUCUUGACGGCCAGUGGGAGGAGGUGAUGCAGUUCAUUCAACCUCUAGAAGGAAUGGAGAAGUUUGACAAGAAGAGGUUCCGCUACAUCAUCUUGAAGCAGAAGUUUCUGGAAGCUCUAUGUGUAAAUAAUGCCAUGUCUGCUGCUGAAGACCCUCAUAAUCUGGAGUUCUCCAUGCAAGCGGCAGUCAAGUGCCUCAACAGUCUGGAGGAGUUCUGUCCAACCAAGGAUGACUACAGCAAGCUGUGUCUCCUCCUCACCCUGCCACGUCUCACCCACCACGCAGAGUUCAAAGACUGGAACCCGAGCACGGCACGUGUCCACUGUUUCGAGGAAGCCUGUGCUAUGGUAGCUGAGUUUAUCCCUGCAGACAGGAAGCUGAGCGAGGCAGGGUUCAGGGCGAGCGGGAACCGCCUCUUCCAGCUGCUCAUCAAAGGGAUUCUUUAUGAAUGCUGUGUUGAGUUCUGUCAGAGUAAAGCAACUGGUGAGGAGAUCACAGAGGGUGAGGUGUUGCUCGGCGUGGAUUUGCUUUGCGGGAAUGGCUGUGAUGAACUGGACUUGUCCCUGCUCUCCUGGCUGCAGAACGUCUCUCCAGGUGCCUUUUCCUGCGCCUUCCAGCAAAAGACCCUUAACAUCCAUGUAGACCGUCUGGUGAAGCCCAGCAAGGCUGGCCACGCCGACCUCCUCACUCCAUUAAUCAACCGCUUGUCACCCUGCCCUACCUCACCCUUUCGCCAGAGGCCACAUUCAGCGGACACCUACAUGUCCAGAUCUCUCAACCCGGCGUUGGACGGCCUGUCCCAUGGUCUGGCAGCCCAGGACAAGAGAGGCAUGGAGGCGAACAUGAAGUCUGCCCUCAGUCGGAGCCUAGUGGAGAACAACGUGCAUCAACAGGACGAUUCACCUGAAAAGAAGCAACCACAUGGGCUGGAUGGACCCCACACCACACGCACUCCUCUGACUCCUGGAAAGGAUGGUGGGCCACCCUGCAGCGCGGAAACAAAUGAGCAUCCUGACUCCACAGAGUACAUCCAGGAGUAUUACAGGCAGCGUCUCCGCGUACAGCAGCAUCUGGAGCAGAAGCAGCAGCAGAGACAGCUCUACCAGCAAAUGCUGCUAGAGGGAGGCGUGAAGCCGCCAAACGGAGCCAAAAACAACCUCACUGAGACCUUCCUCAGUAGAUCCAUUCAGAAGUUGGAGGAGAUGAACAUGGGCAUUGGAGAUGAGGUGAUGUCACAGUGGAAUGGACUGACAGGGAACGCCAGCACAUCCAGUCCCAGAACCACCGACACCCGCCACACCCCGGACACCGGGCCGCCAAGGGACAAGCCAGGUGGAAGGGUCAGCAGCACCCCGUCAGGGGCCGGGAGCCACGGCUUGCCUUCCCUCAGCGAGUCCCCAGUCCCUGCCAGUCAGAGUGCUGAGAGAAUCAGAGGGUCUUGUUCCACAGUCCAAGAUGAUUCUGGCUGCUCUACGACACGUAACUCCCAAGAGCCGGGGAAGUCCAAAGCACAGUUUGUUAGAGUGAACCAGCUCGAGGACACACAGGCGGUGCGUGCAGUAGCCUUCCAUCCCUCUGGAGCACUCUAUGCUGUCGGCUCCAACUCCAAAACCCUGAGAGUCUGUGGCUACCCAGAAGCCCUGACCACCAGUGGUUCUGGUGCAGUCAAGCAGCCGGCGGUGCGCUUCAGGAGGAACAAACACCACAAGGGCUCAAUCUACUGUGUAGCCUGGAGCCACUGUGGACAGCUGUUGGCUACUGGCUCCAAUGAUAAAUAUGUCAAAGUCUUGCCUUUCAAUGCAGACAGCUGUAAUGCCACAGGCCCAGACCUGGAGUUCAGCAUGCAUGAUGGUACCAUCAGGGACCUGGCCUUCAUGGAGGGCCCUGAGAGUGGAGGAUCCAUCUUGAUCAGUGCCGGGGCCGGAGACUGUAACAUCUACACAACAGACUGUCAGAGAGGACAAGGCCUUCACGCCCUGAGUGGACACACUGGUCACAUUCUGACUCUGUACACGUGGGGAGGGUGGAUGAUCGCCUCUGGCUCCCAGGAUAAGACCGUGCGGUUCUGGGACCUGCGGGUGCCAAGCUGCGUCCGGGUGGUGGGCACAACUCUGCACGGCUCAGGAAGUGCAGUUGCUUCGGUGGCAGUGGAUCCCAGCGGCCGCCUGCUGGCCACGGGUCAGGAGGACAGUACCUGCAUGUUGUAUGACAUCAAAGGAGGCCGCAUAGUCCAGACGUACCGGCCCCACAGCAGUGACAUCCGCUCGGUGCGCUUCUCACCUGGAGCCCAUCAUCUCCUCACCGGCUCUUAUGACAACAAAAUCAUCAUCAGUGACCUGCAAGGCGACUUAACAAAGCCCCUUCCUCAGACGGUGGCAGGGGAGCACUGGGACAAGGUGAUCCAGUGUAGGUGGCACCCCCAUGACCGGACCUUCAUCUCCUCCUCUGCAGAUCGAACUGUUGUCCUGUGGGCACCGGGCCCCUGAGCUAUUCACUGGAGAAACAGGAAGCAGCAGGAAACAAGAACAACAACAGUGGCCGCACACCCUGUGUGUGUGUGGUGGUGUGUGUGUGUGUGUGUGUGGGUGUGUGUGUGUGUGUGUGUGUGUGUGUGUGUGUGUGUGUGUGUGUGUGUGUGUGUGUGUGUGUGUGUGUGUGUGUGUUGUUGUGGUGUGGUGUGUGGUUGUGUUGUGUGUGUGUGUGUGGUGUGUGUGUGUGGUGUGCAAAUGCACAUUCUAAAAUGUGUGUAUAUGUGGUAAGGAAAAACAAUAAAGGAAAUAAUAAAGAAUAUUUGCAAACGCUGUUGAAAGAGGAAACAUGGAACUUUAGAGUUAAGUCUCUAUUUAGAAUUCAUGUAAGGUCCAGUACCAAUUUUGUGUGUGUCUGUGUGUGUUUGCUUAAUACCUUUGGGCUUUUGUAGGUAUAAAACAUAAACAUGAACUCUUGGGAGCCUACAAAGAUGUAGUUGUCAAAUAUGUACUUUGAAUAUAGAGAUAAUUGAUAACGCCUGUUCUGAAAGGCAUGAGUAAGUUCCCUGCGAGCACACCUUCAAGGGUUUUUUUUUUUCACACAAUGCCAAACUACCUUUUAAUCAGCUUUAGUUAGAACAUGGUACACACAUGAAGGUCACUUUAGAAAGUAUUUAGAGUUUGGUGCAACAUAAAGCAGUUGCCGUCGCUCUAGUUUUUAUAGGAAGCAGUGAGUUGGACUGUUCGUGUUGUGGAAAGAAGCCAUGUUUGGUUAUGCAUAUCAUAAUGUGCCUUUUAAUAACAUUUGUGGAUGGUUUUGGAUGUGUGAAAAGAUUAAGAGAUUAUUUAUUUAUUUAUUUAUUUAUCUGCAGCUUUAUUUUGGUAUUUACUCAUAUUCCUUGUCCUCUGUAAAUUAAAUUAUUUUUAUGUCACUGUAAUGCAGAAAAUGAAUUGCCCAUUGGUAGUGUUUUUUGGUUUUUUCGCUGUUACUAUUGUGAGAGUUGUUAACGCUUAUCACAAAUGCUGAAGACAGGUUCGGCAUUUUAGUGGCGACGAGACAUUUUUUAAAUGGGUCUCAAACCAAGAAAUUCAUUUUAUUGCUGUGUUCAACACAAACUAAUAGAUACAUUGCAACAUGGGAAUAUGUAAAUGUUUGUUCUGAAGUUUUAGAAACCUGUUUUUGUGAAAUCUGGUAUCAGCACAUUUGAUGUGGAAGUGCUCAGUGCAGGGUUAAUUCAAAGGAUGAGCACAGUAAAAACAAAGCUUACUGCAGUUGUAAAAAGUGAUUGGGUGAGGAAAAAUUGGGUAACGCUUUAUUUGAGGGGAUCUACAUAAGAGUAACAUGAUACUGUCAUGACACAUGAACCCUAACCAUAACUUGUCAUGGCAAAACCAAAUGAUACUUACUAAAAGAAGCGUUAUAUGACUCGUUUGUGACAAAAACAUGACACAAUUGUGACAGUGUCAUUUCACUCUUACGUGGAUACCUUCAAGUAAAGUAUAACUGAAAUAAGAGUAGUUGUGGAAGAGCUCAAUUAGCUGGUCAUAUCACAUCAUUUAUAUUAAACUGGAUUUUAUCACUGGAUUUAUAUCCCCAAAACAAGUUUUUAAAACAAAAUGAUCAAAGAAAUGACAGAAAAUGUUAGCAGGCUAAAGCCGAGUCAUUGGUAUUGAGGCAAAUUAAAGUGAGGAAUGCUGCUGGACUGUCCAAUGUGAAAUGACAAAUCCAGUCAACUCUUUAAAUUUGAUAAACACAGCUCUGAUUUUAUCUUCACUUUUACUGAGCACCUAUGCAUACACCUGAGGGAUGUGAGAGAGAACAGGGUAUUAUGCACAUAUUUUACAUUAUCUGUUGCUCACAAUAGCAAAUUCUGUCAUUUAAAACCUGUGCAGUUUAAAUCAAUGUUUUUGCACACAAAUGUUUAAUGAUGGAACUGCCAAGAGGUCAGUGGGGCGCAAACUGUUAAAAUAAUCAGAAAGUGGCUGUCUAACACCACAUGUUGUGCUUUCGAAUGAAUAAUGGUAUUUUUAAGUUACACUUUGGAGCUGUAAGUUAACUAAUGGAAUAAAGAAACAAAGUGUCA